AUGCCGGGGAGACGGCUGUGGUGGGCGCGCUGCUGGCUCGGCGUCUGCCUCUCGCUGCUGGGCGCGGGGGGCGGCUCGGCCGAGCCCUGCCCAGGCCCCCCGUGCGAGGCCGGCGACAGAGCCGCCCAGUUCGCGGGGGACGAGUUGGCCCACGCCGCUGCCGAGCGAGGCGGCGGCGCCCCGGGGGUGCAGCUCACCUGCGACGUCAAGCCAGGAGAAAAUGAAGUUCCAUCUGAAGAUGCCCUAAUACUACAGCUGCACCUUGCAAAAGGGCACGAGAAAUUCACUGAAAUGCUGAAAAGCCAACAGCAGAUCAUUGUUGAUUUGCAGCAAAAACUUGCUGAACAGCAGCAUGUGUUGGUUAGCCAGCAACAGGAGAUUCUUGAACAGCAAAGAAAAAUGUAUGAGCAAAUGGAUCUGAUCAAAGUCCAGUAUGGAAUGCUUUUUGAUACAGUGAAACAAAUGUCAUUUCAGAGUUUGCAAGAAGAUAUUCAAAAUUAUUUUGAAAGUCAUCUUCAUGGACUUCAGAACCAGGUCAGAAAUCAUCUCCAGAAGUCAUACUCUGUGCACAAAGUAGAAGUGGAUGCAAAAGUGAUUAAUGUUGGGGAGUCUUUGCUGGACUGUGGCCUUUGUGAAAGUGAUGAAUUUUGCAAUUUCCAAAAGACGCCUUCACAUUGUGAAAAGUGCACAUUGUGUCCUGCUGGUUUUUUCCAAAUGGCUGAGUGUUCUGCAAACUCUGAUCGGAUUUGCCAGGACAGAGAUGAGUGCACUGAAUCUCCAGGCAUUUGUGGUGAGAGGAUAAAAUGCCUCAAUACUCCAGGUGGUUUCCGAUGCCUUGGAAUUGCUGAGAAGGAUGCAGCUUUGGGAAUGUGUGGAGAGGAGUAUUUCUUUAAUAAGGAAAUGCAGGAAUGCCAAGCAUGUUUAAAGUGUGAAGAUGGAAUGGUGGCUGUCCCUUGUUCCACUGUCAGUGACACGGUUUGUUCAGCAGCCAGUGAAAACAAACUCUCGGAGUCUUGGGCCGCAAACAUCGUUCUACCCUCUGUAAAGUCUGGCAUCUCUCAGGUCUACUCUGGCUUGAACUUGAAGAUAAAAGGGAAGCUUCCCUGUGAUAUCCUGUCCACUGAAGAGAACAGCCUGGUAUUCAGACAACAUGGUCUGUUGUGGACUGACCUAAAUUUUGCAGUAAAGCACAACUGCAGGAACUUUUUGCAGCUUUCCUUAAAGCUUAAUGGCAGCGAGGAAGACUAUGAACUGAGUGGUGUUCGGAUCGAGCAGCCAGAAGGAAAGUAUUUCCAGAGCACUAGUUUAAGCAGUGCUGCUGAAGUGGAGCCCAGCCAAACUCUUUCUGUGUAUUUGAGGAGCCCUAAUCAAUUCUGUAAUCAAAGCAAAGACUUAAAUAUUUAUGAUCUUAAUACCCCACUCAGUUUGUUUUGGUUGUCCCACGACACAGGUGCUGUGGCACUCAGUGCACAGAUGUCAACAGCCAUGCAUUACCAAACCAACUAUCGACCUACCUUUAAAAUAAUUUCUGUUUCUGACCCUUAUAUGCUAAGUUUAUCUCAUGAUGGUAGAGCUAUAAAGUUCACUGAAACUGGUGUUGUCAAAUUUGUGUUUCAUCAAGCAUUGUAUUCCAUGGGUCAUACGUGUGUCCGGGAGGGCUUCUCCUUAAUUUCUUAUAUCAAUAGGAAUGGUACCAACAGAGAAUUAAUGAAUGUAUUUAAAUCUGGGGUAAAUUACAGGGACACAUCUAUAUCUGCUUCUGGGGCCACAAAGGUUGGUGCUGGAGACCUGGUUAGCUUUGAGAUACUUUCUCCUGCACAGUGUAAUGUUCGGUAUUUUGGAGAUAGUUCUGGAAUUAGUAUGUUCAGCCUCAUCUGGAUCCCUUCAGGGGUUUCUAGUGCUAUAUCAGCCACAGUUUCUGUUACAGGUCUGCCUACUGGAGCAGUGAGAAACAAACUACUGGAUUUCACCCAGGUCUCAUCCAAUGAGAAACAGAUACAGCUGGUUUCUUCUGGACAGCUUGCUCAGAAGUAUUUCAUUUUUACUGAAAAGGGAGUUGCCAGCAUUGCAUUUAACUUAAAGCUAAUCCAUUCGUGCAAUGUGCUCAAAGUGACUCUCAAUCAGUUGACCAUGGAUCACAUGCAACCCACAGCAGUUGCUCAGCAGAUUGGAGGUCAGAUGCCAGAGGGCAGCAUAUGGACCAGUGUGUCCCUCCGUGCGUCUUUUGAAGUGCAUAAUGGAACAUUGAUAUCAAUUUCUCUUGACUGUGUGCGUGGAAGGAUCAACCAGAUCACUCAUGAACAUGGAACCAGUAUAUCUAUUUUAUGGAUUUCAUCUUAA